UCUGGCUCUGGCUCGGCCUCACUCACACGGACCCACUUGCCCCACGACCCCCGUGUAGACAGGAGGUGCGGUUCCCACAGCGACAGGUCACAGCACCAUGAAAGAGGACCUAGAGACCCUGCUGGUCUUGGAACGGGCCAACAUCAUAGCCAAAUACACUCAGGCACACCCAGCAGGGUCUCCACGGGACCCAUGGGAAGAUGCUGAGCUCUCGCGGUGCAGGCUCACGGACCAUCAUGGCUUUCGGCAGGAGAAGGAGAUGCCCAGCCCCAGCCCCCACGAGGCAAAGCAACUUCUCCAGGAGACCCGGAGAGCCGACAACUGGGAGAAGAUGCUGCAGAGCUGGGGGCACUACCAGGUGCGCGGUCAGCUGUGGGCCCUCCUGCUCGAUACUGAAAAGGUGAAGUCCACCAAGCGAGGGGUCUACGAGAAGGUGAAGGAGCAGGCCCAGCUCUUCUCCAGAGACAUCAGGCAAAUUGACCUGGACGUGAACCGGACCUUCCAGAACCACGUCAUGUUCCAGGACCGCUAUGGGGUCAGUGGUAUGAUGAACCCCCAGAUGCCGUCCCCGGUCCAGCCCGGCUCCUGUGCUCACCACACGCCACCCCAGCAGCAAGUGUGUCCCAGCAAAGCCCAGACCUGAGGUCGACACUGUCUAUAGUCAUCUCAGUAUGCACCUUAGAAAACGGGGGUCCCCGAUGGAUGUGUGCCCCCCACACCGGCUCCAGCCUGCAAGGAUUUAGUGCAGCCCCUUAGUGUGCAGACGGUGUUGGCGCCUCC